AUGGCUAAAUUCCUCAAUUAUUCAGUUGCAAUCAACAAGAUACUUACAGUGAAAGACAAGAACAUUGAUACAAUGACCGGUAUGAUUAGUACUUUUAAAUCUUUUCUAGAAAAAUUGGAUAAAGGAGAUUCUAAAAUUGAGAGCGAAAAGAAAUCGUUACUAAGCAUUUUGGACAGGUAUGAUAUUACACCAUCAAUGACAAAAGGUAUGAAACAGUUUGCUCUGAGUGAUUUUACACCAACAGUCGAAGCACAUAAAAUCUGCCAAUUUUUCAAGAAGUCAUUCAUACCAGGAUUGGAGAGUAUUGCUAUCAACUACGAAAAAUCAUUCAAUAAGCUAUACGACAUACUAAAACAGUCAAUUAACGUAUCAAAUGCAACAAAAACAGCAUUAGAAGCAAAGGAACAAGAACAUUUAGAUUUAAUUAAAAAGAUUGAAGAAGCUUAUCAAAAUCAAUCAUCAAAGAAAUACGAAGAAAUCUUUAAUCAAGUUAUAUAUAAUUACAGACCAUUUUUCAACUCUUUAGACGAUUUGCAAGAGGUUUACAAUGAAAAAUUAGAUAAACAGUAUCAAGCUAUUGACGCUUUUGUUACCAACUUCGAGAAAUUAGAAUUUCAGAGGGCAUCUCAGUUUGAUUCCUUAAUUAAUAGCCUUAUUAAUACAGUUGAAGAGAUAAAGAAGUCAAAUGCAGAUACUUUAUCCGAUUCUUUUGUUGCUAUGAUUGAUAUUGAUGGUAAAAAAGAUAUCACUGGAAGUUUUACGUUAGAUUCUGUUGAAGAGACCACAAAGAUUCCAAAAUUCAUGCCAGAGCUCCCUGUCAACUUCGAUAUCCAUAAUUUCCUUGAAAGUGACAAAAUUUUGAUUACGAUGCAAUCUCAUGAGUACGCGAUAAGUAAAACAGAGAUUAGACGUGAUGGAAAGUUACUAGCAUCACCAAAUGAAAGAGUAUCCAUCUUCAAAUACAAUAAUAAAGUAUAUUUAGUCGAAGAUGCAAAUAAUCCACUGAAAAAUGAACUAAAUCCAGAAGAUUUAAUUUUCAAGCCUGAAUAUGAAAGAUAUCUUGCAAAAGUAUUAGGAUAUGGUAAAUUAGACCAGAGAAGAGUCAUCGUUGUUUCAUCUGGAGAUGUCUGUGAGUGCAUGGAUGAAUUUGGAACUGUAAUGUUUAUUCCCGAAACAAACCUUCUUAAAUUGUAA